AUGUCAGAUUCAUUUAAGGUAGUGAAUUAUGAGAGAGAAUCUAAAUAAUCUUUUUAAGAUUUUUUACAGAUGCAUCUUAAUGAGCCAUAAGAUCUACAAUUAACAUCUCCAACUUAAGAAAAUAAUUAUAAUUCCACAAAAUAAUUAGCAAUAAAAAAAACUAUAAAGAGAGAAGAAUCUGAGCCAAGUUUUAGAGUGGCUGAAUAACCUAUUGAUAAUAAUGAAAAAAAUCUUACUUCUAUGCAAUCUAAAAUCUAAUUACUCAUCACUGAAAAUUCAAAGUUAAUUGAAAUAAAUUCUGGUUUAAUGAGAGAAAUAGAAAUUAUGAAACAAAAUAAUCAAUCAAAUCGAACACUCUUAGUAUAAGAAUCUCAAUAAAAAUUGAUGAAUUAUUAAUAAAAGGUAGUUCAACUAACAUAAGCAAAUGAAUAAUUAAGUAGUAGAUUAAUUGAUGAAUAAACAAAAAAUAAAAAAGAAAUAGAAUCAAGAUUCUAAUAAAUAUUAUUAGAAAAUAAAAAUCUAAAUGAAAUGUUAUAAACACGAUUAAAUGAUAUAGAUAUGUUGAAUAAUUAAGUUUUAGAAAAGAAUGAUUAGAUAGCCUUAAUAAAUGAAGAAAUAAAAGCUGUUAAUGAGUAAUAAUAGUAUUUCUAUAUCAUAGAAAAUGUAUGGUAUUGGAAUAAUAAAAAUAAGUUUUGAUUGCUUAGUAAUAAUAGUAUGCUGAUACAAUAAAAGAAUUCUAAUACAAAGAAUAAUAAUUUAUGCAGUAAUUAUAUUAAGAACAGACAUCUUACUAAUCUUGUAUAGCUAAUUUAGAAUAAAAUUAUAAUCUACAAAUUAGUGAAUUAAGAAAUUCUUUUUUGGUAAUGAUUAUAUAUUAUAAUAGAAAGAAAUUGAAUAAUAAUAAGAAACAAUUGCUUAAUAAUAUUAACAUUAUUUUAAUUAACAGAUUAUUGUAUUCCAAUAAUAGAUUAAAACGAUAUAAUAAGAAAAUGUAUAAAUAAAAGAUGAAUUAAAUGAAAGAUCAAAGAUAUGGUCAUAAGAAAAAGAAAGACUAGAAAAUUUAAUUAAAAACUUUUAAUAAUAAAAACCGAAUUGUUAGGAAUAGAUUUAAUAAUAAACUAAUAUUAAUAAUCAAGUUCAAUAAAAUUCUAAUUUAAAUUAAAAAGCAUCAUAAUAAAUUAUUUAGUAACCACAAAUCUAAAUUUAAUAACAAAUUUCUUAAAUUUAGAAUUAAUGUAAUUAAGUUUAAAGUCAUUAAUAAUUAACUUAAGAAUAGAUAAUUUAAUAAUAACAAGAAUUGCAAAAAUAAUAAUAUUAUUAAGAGAUAUUACAAAUUUAAUAAUAAUAAUCUUAAUAAUAAUAAUAAUAGUAAUAAUAAUAGUAAUAAUAAAAGGUUUUAUAUUAACAAUAGUAAUAAUAAAUUUAAUAAUAAUAUAAUUAAAUUCAUCAUUAAUCAAGUAAUUACACAUUUAGAUAAAAUACAUAAGAAGAUUCAAGAGAAGUAAGUCCUGAAAAAGAUGAAAAUUUUCUAAAUUUUGAUUAAAAAGCUAGAUUACAUACUGAAAGUUAUGGAGAUAGAUAUGAAAAAACAAUACCAUAAAGAGCUCCUUUGAAUGUUAAGAAUUAUCGAGUUCCUUAAUUACACACAAUUACAAGAUAUGAUCAAAAAUAAUAGAAUUAUGGAGUAAAUUAGAUUUAGUAUUAUUAAAAUUCUCAAUAAAAAUUUCUAAUUAAUAGGGAUACUCAAUAUCCGAGAUCACAUUCUCAAUAUUAAGAAAGAGAUGAUAAACCAAAAAGUUAGUAAUAUCAAAAUUAAAAUGAAGGAUAUCUGAUAGCAAAAAGAUAUUGAAUGAAUUAAUUAAUAUAAAAGUG